AUGGGAAUACCGGGCUUUUUUCGUUGGCUAUCUUUGCGAUACCCACAUAUUGUAAAAGAAGCCAAAAGAUCUCCUCGAAACAAAACUGAUUUUCUAUACUUGGACAUAAAUGCAUUUUUCCAUGUAGCCCUUCGUAAAAAAACAGCGAAUAAACAAAAAAAGUUGACCUCUCGGGGCAUGUUAUCAAAAGUUUUUGCAGAAAUGGACGUGGCACUUAAUAUCAGCAAUCCACAAGUACUUGUGUACAUCGCGAUGGAUGGUGUUGCGCCUCGAGCAAAAAUGAAUGAACAAAGAUCUAGAAGAUUUUUAACUCGACCUAGUUCCGACGAGGUUGUUUAUGAUACGGGAAGUACGAGUCUGACAAAUGAGUCAGAAAAGUCGAAGGAUGGUUUCUUUGUUCCUGUUGAUAAUGUGUCGAUAUCUGCAGGAACUGAAUUCAUGCAAGUGGCGAACGAUGCAAUCAAGUAUUAUAUUUAUCAGCGACUAAAUGGUAGAUUUAAAAAUCUUCAAAUUAUAUUCAAUGAUUCCAGUGUAGCUGGAGAAGGAGAACACAAGAUUUUUAGGUUUUUAAAUGCACAACGCAGUCAUCCGGAAUACAAUUCUAAAUAUCGACAUGUAGUCUGUGGAGGAGAUGCAGAUUUUAUAAUGUACGCUUUACUUACACACGAACCCAACCUUCGUAUCUUACGACCUGGGCUUGAAGGGAAGGAUGUUAUCCUCAAUAUAAACACACUUCGCAAACACAUUAUCCAUGACAUGGUUCAACAAACAUCUAUGGAAAUUGAUGAAGAUAACAUCAUAGAGGACUUUGUAUGCAUCGCCAAUUUUCUUGGUAAUGACUUUUUGCCGCGACUAACUCAUUUAGGUGAGGCGAGAGUUGAUAUGCUUUUCUCAGCUUAUAAUUCUUACUUUGCAAAUGAGAAGAGAUACAUAACAAAAAAAGGAGCAGGAAUAAAUGUCGAAAAUCUUCUUAGAUUCAUAAAGUAUCUUUCGCUAAAGAAACCAGGUUCUAUGAGAAAAGGCAAGAGAUCAGAAUCUGAAAAUAUUAAUGACGAAAACAAUAUUUCUAAGAGAGCGAAUGAUUAUCUAAAAACUAUUUGCUGGUCAUUUCAAUAUUAUUACGGAGAUUGUCCAAGCUGGAGGUAUUUUUACCCGCAUCAUAGACCACCAACUAUUCCAGAAAUUUUGAAGCAUGUUAAAGCGCACGGAUUCGAUCAAAGAUUCAAUGCUGAUACUCCCAUGCGACCGUUUGAUCAAUUGAUUUGUAUCUUACCGCCAAACUCCAGCUACCUUGUUCCACUACCCUUCCGCUCUUUGUUGACAGAUCCCAAUUCACCUCUUCAGGAAUAUUUUCCAAAAGUAUUUAAAACUCUCCAUUACAAAGCAAUCUUACCCUUUGUCAAUGAAGAGCACCUAAUGCAGGCAAUGGAGCCAGGCUACGCAUUGUUAGAUGAAAAAGAAGCGACAAGAAAUUCAAUAGAUGGUCGAACCCAUAUGUAUGCCGGGCGCGAUUCGGUAUCAUUCCAAACUUUGUAUUCUCUUUGUCGUGGUGUCACACAAAAUUUCUCUGCAUCAUCUAUUGUAUUCGGAAAGUUAUCAUAUGAUGGGCCUAUGCUAAGAUCUGUGAAUGCACCCGUCUCUGAAUUCAAAGAAAUCAAUUUUAACAAAGUUGCCAUAGCUCAAUAUCAAUUACCAUUGGAAUCUGAUGAGCCUGAAUCGAGUCGAUCAUAUUCGAUUCCAGUAAAAAACCCCAAUGCAAUAUCAUUUGCUCAUAAGCUACGAGAGAGAAGAUUAUCUAGUGAUUAUGGAUCAUCUCAUUCAAAAAAUGCCGCGACAUCAUCGGACCAAAAAAAUAAAUCCAAAUAUUCGAAUUUUGGGAGUUUCGGGAAAAAUUCUGUAUUAGGGUUCCUAUAA